AUGCUGAGUGCAAUGGAAGGCAUCUUCCUUUUUAUUGCCACUAGUGAAGCAGUGCUGGGAGUUUUAGGGAAUGCAUUUAUUGUAUGUGUGAACUGCACAGAGUGUGCCAGGAACAAGAAGCUCUCUAAGAUUGGCUUCAUUCUCACUGGCUUGGCAACUUCCCGGAUUUGUCUCAUGUGGAUAAUAACUUUUGACACAUAUACAAACUUACUCUCUAUACAUAAACUUACCUAUGGCAAGCUAUAUGAAUACAUGAAUUACCCAUGGGUAACUAUGAAUCACCUGAGUGUCUGGUUUGCUACCAGCCUCAGCAUCUUCUAUUUCCUGAAGAUAGCAAAUUUUUCUCACUACAUAUUUAUUUGGCUGAAGUGGAGAGCUGACAGAGUGUUUAGCUUUCUGGUAGGAUUCCUGUUUGUCUCAUUGUUUAUUGCUGGCACAGUUGUGAAGAUGACCAAUGAUAUUAAAAUGCAAUACAGAAACAUCUCCUGGCAGGUUCACCUACAGGCAAAUGAGCUACUUAUUAAUCAUGUCUUUUUUCAGUUUGGAAUGCUUUUCCUGUUUAUAAUAGCUGUUAUUACAAGUCUCCUGUUAAUCAUUUCUCUUUGGAGACACAACAAGCAGAUGCAAUUGAAUGUCUCAGAAUGCCGAGACCUCAACACAGAAGCUCAUGUGAAAGCCAUUAAAGUUUUAAUUUCUUUUAUCAUCCUCUUAAUCUUGUAUUUUGCAGGUUUGGUCAUAGAAAUAUUGUGUUUCUUUUGGCAAGAAGGAAAACUGCUGUUCAUUCUAGGUGUGAUAAUUAUGCUCACGUAUUCAUGCUGUCACUCAUUUAUUCUAAUUCUAGCAAACCACCAGCUGAAGAAAGUCUCUUUGGAGUUACUGCAGCCAUUAAAGUGCUGUGACAAUGGAGAGCUCAGAGGCACAUAA